CUUUAAAACUAUUUGCGUUGAAACUAUGUUGAACAGUUUAAAAUCAGAGUUAAGAAGCUUCUGACAAUUCAGUUACUCACAAGUGUUACUUCUAUUAUGUUCUAAUUGUUUAUCACUAUGACAACAAUAAAUAUAUAUUCUAGUUUGGUGACUUUAACAAUCUACCAUCUAUGUUUUCCUGUCUUGAUUUUGGGUGCACCGUACGCUCUUCGAAAAUCAGAUGAUCGUUUUGAGGUGACAAUUCAGGAUUUACAUCGCAUGUGUGAAUCAAAUGGUCUUAAUUUAUAUGAAAGUGUUAUUUAUUUUCAAAUGCCAUAUAUGAAUGUUUCAACGACAGCAAUGAAGAGAAUUUAUGAAGGAAUUUCUUCAGUUAAAUCACUCGAUUCAUUGGAACAUCUCACUGAACAAUAUUGUAGACAAAAUCCAGAUAUUAAAAAAUAUUUACAGUACGUUACAGAAUUAGUGAAAACUUGUAUGGAUGAGAGUCAUCGAUUACAAAAUUAUAAGAUGAAAAAGAUUCUAGAUGUAUUCAUAACACGAGUUUGUGCUGAUAUUCAAUACGAUGCCGUCCAAAAGUACGACACUAAUUGUUUCAAAAGUGAACGUACUAUAUCAAAGAUGGUUGAUUGUUACGGAAGUAGUGAGCCUCGUGGUGUAGUAUUUAGGAAUGAUUACAUGUUACCUAUACAAAAUAAUCCCACGCACAAAGAAUGCACUGGAGUUUUCAAAUAUUACGAUUGUGUCGUUUUCUCAGUUCAACGUUGCGAGAAAUCAACAAAACAAUUUAUCGAAAGUCAUUUCGAAUCGAAGAAAUCAUUCGCUGGAUGUGAAAAUAAUGUUAAUUAUGUAUGAAAAAAAAGUAUUGUUUAGAUUAUUAAAUUUAUGCUAAACAAUUAAUA